UCCUCCUUGACCCGAACUGAAGCGCGGGCAUAACAGGCGCUUGCUAGGAGUGUCAGGGUUAAUGCUUGACUAAUAUGUGGCGUUAUUCACACCCAGAUCGUUAAGUUAUACAGCUCCAGUCAGGCCUGCUUCUCUUGCCUGUGGAUACCCAGCAGGAAGCUGGCGGACCUAUGGAAACGCACCUCUUUGCCUCUCUUAGAGGGGAAAAAAGUUCAAGUGUUUGCUCUACUUUUCCGCCGAGGGAGAUACAAAUACCAGGCUGCCGAGAAACGGCUAGGGAAAUACUGUGUCCUAAACUUUAACUGUUUGUAGCUCAUUUUCUUUGAGUUUCCAUUUAAUGACUCAGCAUUUCUGCCAUAAACAAAAACUGCAGAGUAGUUUAAUUGGGUGAAAGAGAAGAUGUAAGGACAGUAGCCAUUACUUUAUGUUCUCACAAUGGGAAGAGAACGUGGAUGCAGUAAAUGGAACCAGAGGGACGGUGAACGGGAGCACGAUUAAGGAGAACUAACGAGGGAAGUGUUUUAGAAAAACGUGCACAAGGAGGAGCUCAGGAUUGUACCGGCAUUGAUAUCAUGUUCUGGUUUUUAUUUAUUUUGAGAGAGCACACAAGCAUAUGCUAAUAGGGGAGGAACAGAGAGGGAGAGAGUAUCCCAAGAAGGCUCCUUGCUGUCAGCUCAGAGCCCAGCGUGGGGCUCUAUCCUAUGAACCGGCUGAAAACAGUGAAAUCACGUUUCACAGUUAAGGACCUGUUAAGAAGACAACAUGGGGACGCCUGGUUCUGGAAGGAAAAGGACGCCUGUAAAAGACCGAUUUUCUGCAGAAGAUGAAGCUUUGAGUAACAUUGCCAGAGAGGCAGAGGCAAGGCUGGCAGCAAAACGGGCCGCUCGGGCAGAAGCGAGAGACAUACGCAUGAGAGAACUGGAGCGACAACAGAAAGAGCACUGUCACUAUUCCUUUGACCGGAAAUGGGGACAGAUUCACAAGUGGCUGGAAGAUUCCGAAAGGGCCCGGUAUUCCCACCGGUCCAGUCAUCGUCGACCUUCUCUGGGAGUUGAGGAUGCACUGUCCAUUCGAAGUCUUGGCAGCCACAGGUAUGAUGCUCUCAAGGAUAGAUCAUCAAGACUUUCAUCAUUAAAUCAUUCUUACAGUCACUCUUACGGAAUGAAGAAGAGGUCUUCUGGUUCUCGUAAAGACCCACUGAGUGGCCUCUACUUUGACCAGAGAAACUAUAGCAGUCUCAGACAUAGCAAACCCACCUCUGCCUACUUCACUCGGUCUUCUUCCCUGUGUAGUGACCCUCUGGCGACCUCAAGGAGUAACAGGGCCUCCUCCACUGCAGAUUCUGGUCUGCUGAGAAGUACCAGUCUGGUGUCAUUGUAUGACGGUGGAUUAUAUAACCCUUAUGGGUCUCGAACUCCAUCCGAAUACAGUUCCUACUCCUCAAGAACGAGUUCGGCCCGAAGCAGUCCUGUGUUUACCGACGAUGGCAGUGCAAGUGUUGGGUCUUCUGGUCGUGCCAGUCACGGGCGAAGGGACAGUGUGGUUUCUGCCGCCGAUUAUUUUAGUCGCUCCAAUCGUAGGGGGAGCGUGGUCUCUGAGGUGGAUGACGUCAUUAUCCCAGAUGUGACCCGCUUGGAUGAAAAAUCUGACAAACAGUAUGCUGAAAAUUACACAAGACCUUCGUCUCGGAACUCUGCCUCAGCAACAACCCCUCUAAGUGGAAAUUCAUCCAGACGAGGGAGCGGAGACACCAGCAGCUUAGUAGACCCAGACACCUCAUUAAGUGAAUUGCGGGAUAUCUAUGACCUUAAGGACCAGAUACAGGAUGUAGAAGGGAGAUACAUGCAAGGGCUUAAGGAACUAAAGGAAUCUUUGUCUGAAGUGGAAGAAAAAUACAAGAAAGCCAUGGUUUCCAACGCACAGUUGGACAAUGAGAAGAACAAUUUGAUCUACCAGGUAGACACCCUCAAAGACGUUAUUGAAGAACAGGAGGAACAGAUGGCGGAAUUUUAUAGAGAAAAUGAAGAAAAAUCAAAGGAGUUGGAAAGGCAGAAACACAUGUGCAGCGUGCUGCAGCAUAAGAUGGAUGAGCUUAAAGAAGGCCUUCGGCAGAGAGAUGAGCUCAUCGAGGAGAAUCAACGAAUGCAGCAGAAAAUAGACACCAUGACAAAAGAGGUGUUUGACCUCCAGGAGACACUUCUUUGGAAAGAUAAAAACAUUAGGGCCCUAGAGAAACAGAGAGAAUACAUUGCCUGCCUUAGGAAUGAGCGAGAUGCGCUCAGAGAGCAGCUGGCUGACCCGAAGGAGACGGUGAAGACAGGAGAGAAGCAUGGCUUAGUUAUAAUCCCUGAUGGCACCCCCAAUGGUGACGUCCAUCAUGAACCGGUGGUUGGAGCCAUCACUGUGGUGUCCCAGGAGGCUGCUCAGGUCUUGGAGUCUGCAGGAGAAGGUCCACUAGACGUCAGGCUACGAAAACUUGCUGGAGAAAAGGAAGAGCUACUAUCACAGAUCCGGAGGCUGAAGCUGCAGCUGGAGGAAGAGCGGCAGAGGUGCUCCCGCAGCGAGAGCACGGCGGCCGACCUGGCGGGGCUGCACAACGGUUCAGACCUGCAGUUCAUCGACAUGCAGAGAGAUGCCAAUAGACAAAUUAGUGAAUACAAAUUUAAGCUUUCAAAAGCAGAACAGGAUAUAACCACGUUGGAACAAAAUGUCAGCCGACUCGAGGGCCAGGUGCUGAGGUAUAAGACCGCCGCCGAGAAUGCGGAGAAAGUGGAAGAUGAACUGAAGGCGGAGAAGAGGAAGCUACAGCGAGAGUUACGAACGGCACUGGACAAGAUCGAGGAGGUGGAGAUGACCAACAGCCACCUGGCCAAGCGGCUGGAAAAGAUGAAGGCCAACAGGACAGCACUUCUGGCCCAGCAGUAGGAGGCGCCCCUCCGCCCGGGAGCCGCGCCCGGGGUCCCGCCCAGGGGGACUUUCUGUCCAUUGACACAAACCCCCUUCUGUACUGUUUGAGUCUUGUCAGUAAAAUAGCCACCUUUGUAUUUUAUAAUUUAUGAGAGAAUGAAACAGGUUUGAAUCUUCAUGAAUGAACGCUUUGGAUUUCGUUUGUAAUUUGAUUCUAGACUAAGAACUGGUCCGUGCUGUUUUUACUUUUUAUUUCCAUAAUUGUAGAAUCGAGUUUACUCACCAUUUCCCCCAGCGGCCUCCGUGACGGGGCUCUUGUCACGGCGAGAGGACGGCGGUUCUGUGAGCGCCCCGUGAGAUACUUGGCUGGAGACCUCGGGAAACACAAGUGCCUUCUCCACGGUGCAAUUCAGACUUCAGUCCUCUCCAGCGGUCAAAGACACUUACCCUUCGUAUCAGAUAGCGUUUAUAUUUUAGUGAAGAAACAGGUUCACACGUGGGGAAUGUAUGUUUCACUCAAAUUUCUAUGUUUGGAGGAAGAAGCCUUUUUUUGUAAAAUAUUUAAAUUUAUAUAAGAAAAUGUUAGAAAAAGAUACGGAUACGGGGAGUGUAUAUAAAACUUGCUUUAUUGCAUGUGGCCGGGGAAGUCCAAAGCCUGACGCUCUUAAGGUAAGAGUAGGGCCCUUUGUCGUCAACAUCGCCUGUGCUGUAUCUCGUGUAAAGUAUCUCAUCUGCUGCUGAUUUGUGGAAUGAAACCUCAGACGAGCCCGGCGGGGGGGGGGGGGUGCGGGGGGGGGGGGGGGAAGUCGGCCCAAGACCCUAUUAAACACACCCUCUUGCUGACCACAGCUGGCUCCUGACACAUUUUGUUACGGGAGCCUUUCAACACAUCGGGGCAGCCACGUCCCUCUUAACGCUGCCCCUCUUCUCUUCUCCUCCUCAUGGAAAAUAAUCUGGAAUAUACAGCUUUUUAAGAACUUCAGUCGCGUCUUUAAACGUACCCAGUUUAAGAGGCUUUUAUCAUGGAGCCACUUUGCAGGAUCCGUGAUUCUCGUCUGCUCUCAGAAUCAAGGUGUUUGUGGAGAUGGUGGUUGCAUGUUCAGAACAAAUACCGCGAGAAGUCUAGUAAGUCAGUCCAGGGCACGUAAGAUAACAAAGUUAGACUUGGAAUUACAUCCUGAAGCUAACUCGGAUGUGAAGAAAAUCUCUGCGAAUUACCCUCUUCAGAGCAGUUAGCCUUUUGUUUUUAAAAUAUGGAACCGGUGUCGUGAGUCCGGGGGGAUUUCCUACAUAUUUCUUUCGCAGCCGUAGUAGUGGGACCCGGGGUAGGAGGGGUGGGGGCCCACAGCUGGACCCAGCACACCGUGAGGUGACCCCUCCUUGCCCCGCCUGGGCCACUCAGCCUGUGCCCCGCUGGGCUCCCGGAGGGCCGCUGCUGAGAUGCCCUGUCAACUUUUUGGAAGUUCUACGUGGUAGAACCUGAUCCUGCUUCUUUUGUGAUACAACAGAUUUGUCUCUUCCAAAGGGAAUGGUUCCACUUUUUCUUAAGGGACGGUUCCCUGUUCUUUCCAUGGAACGUUCUUUACUGAGUCUUGUCAUCUGGAUUUUACCUCAAAACUGUAGGCGUUCUUCCCAUGCACACGGCACAUUUCUGUGAACCAGGCUAGUAUUAAAGGCAUCUGACGGUAGUGGCA